AACAGGUACCACAAAAGAUCCAUAAAUGGCAACUUCUGGCGCGAAUCGAUCUUCUAGUAAACCUACCUUAUAUGGCAAUUAAGGGUGCGUCUUCCCAGUAUAAAAGAGACAAGUCGGUCCAGGAAUUACAUAGCCUAGUUCCAGCUUAAACGAUGGCUUCUAAGUUAGUAUUUCUGCUGCUUGUAGCUCCAAUAGUUGUGACAACGGCAGAGUAUCUAGUUUGCAAAUCUAUCAAUGAAGUUUUCCAUUCAAGAGAUAUCAAUGCACCGCACAACUCAACAGGAAUACGAGGACCUACUGGUCGACCUGGAAAAAGGGGGCCUCCUGGCACAAUUGGUAAUCCUGGUCCAGUAGGUCCAUCAGCAGUAGUCGACUGGGACAGAAUUGAAACAAAAAUUCGUCAAUUGGUCGAAAACUACACGAGAUGCUCAGGAUUGAUUUUCCACGGUCGAUGUAUAAAGCUGGUCUACACAGCUGGCUACGGAACAACAAAACAAGAAUCGGAAAAUAUUUGCCAUUUCUACGACGGGCAACUGAUUGACAUCGAAAGUAAAGAAAUGUACGACCUUGUCUACAAUUACGUGAAAAAUGCCUGGAAUUCCUACGUAGACGCGAACCGUGAUUUCGUUGAAGUGUGGCUGGCUUCCGCAUACGAGAACGGCGUGGUGAGAAUGCGCAACGGGAGCAGUGGUUAUGCGGAGUGGCAUCCUGGAUAUCCCACGACCAAUGCUGGCAAUAACGUGGUUGGUUUUGUCAUUGCUAUUAAACCAACAAGGCAACAAAUUGGAAUGUAUAACAUAGGAUCGAUAGGACUAAGUUAUAACAUAGCGGUUCCACUAUGUGAGUUUCCACUGUAGGUGUUGAAUAUAGCUACAACUCCUACUAAACCUUAUUACAAACAUACGAUGUCCAUGUUUAGCUGUACAUAAAAUGCUUAAUAAAACGAACUUGUUCAAAUCU